AUUUUUUGUUUUGUUAAAUUUUGUGUAUUAUAAAAUAAACUACAUUAAAAACUAUAAAGUGAUUUAUUUUUUUUGUGACCGAAAUGUGAAAUGUGGAGUUAAAAAAUAAGCGAGAACAUCCACAAUUUUUAGGAUGGCUUGAAACGCAAUAAACGAUCAGGAGAGAGGUACAAAAGUAAACCUCCUCUACAGUUCAACAAUGAACAUAAUUAUCCUGACGCUGAUCCUUCUGGUUUCGGUUUGGGAGAACGCGUCCGUGGAUCCUUCUCAAUGUAUCGCUCCUUUGGGUAUGGAAAAUGGUUCCAUAAAAGACGAGGAUAUAACGGCAAGUUCAUCGUUCGACAGUAGCAAUGUGGGUCCCCAUCACGGCCGUAUACGUACAGAAAAACAUGGUGGUGCAUGGUGCCCAUUAAAGCAAGCAACCACAGAACCAGAAGAAUGGAUCCAAAUCGAUUUAAAAACAGUCCAUGUGAUCACAGCAGCAGGAACAGCUGGUCGAUUUGGGAAUGGUCUUGGAGUUGAAUUCGCCGAAGCUUACAUGUUAGAAUAUUGGAGACCAAGGUUGUCCAAAUGGAUUCGUUACCACAACUAUAAAGGUGAAGAGGUAUUCCAAGGUAACAUAAAUACUUACCUGGAAGCAAAAAUUGAAUUAGAUCCACCAAUAUCAGCAAGUAAAGUUCGGUUUUACCCAUACAGUCAUCAUAAAAGAACCGUUUGUAUGCGCGUUGAAUUAUACGGUUGCAAAUGGACCGACGGCAUUGUAAGUUAUUCAAUGCCGCAAGGAGAUAAAAGAGGUGCAAAUUGGGAGUUUUACGAUGCAGCUUACGAUGGUCAAUGGGAUGGUCACGAAUUAAAACAUGGUUUGGGUCAGUUAAUAGAUGGUAAAUACGGUAACGAUGACUUUAAAUUGGGAUUUCGGGAUGAAAGACAGAGUUGGGUAGGUUGGAAAAACGAUAGUAGAUCGAAUAAACCUGUUGAAAUAAAAUUCGAAUUCGACAAAGUGAGAGAAUUUUCAUCCGUACAUAUUUAUUGUAAUAAUUUAUUUACAAAAGAUGUACAAGUUUUUUCGACUGCGAAAAUUUUGUUUAGCGUUGGUGGUAAAAGAUUUAACAGAGGUGAACCAAUUACUUACGAAUACAUAGAAGAUAGAAUUUUUGAAUAUGCUAGAAAUGUUACGAUUAAAUUACACCAUCGAAUUGGAAGAUACGUGAAAAUCCAAUUACAUUUUGCUGCAAAGUGGAUGUUAAUAAGUGAGAUUAGUUUCGAUUCGAUUAUAGCCCAUGGAAAUUUUACACCUGAACCGGAACCGACCACUAUUUCUCCAGUAAAACACCACGAAAAAAAUUCUAAAGAACACAAUAAAAUUGAAAUUCCAAUUCCAAAUAAUAAAAUUAACGAUUUCUUAGCAUACAUUGUAAUAGGGUUAGUUGUUAUAAUCCUUCUUUUGGGUGCAUUUAUGUUUCUAAUAAUCAAUCGAUUUCGAAAUCGAAAGUUUCUACGAAGUCCGAACAAUUCAAAUAUUGGAUUCCCUGAAAACACACUUCCUCAUUUCCAAGGAGAUUCCGGAUACACCACCAGCGAAAAAUGUAACGCAAUAGAAGCGUAUGGUGUUACUGAAAUUGAAGAUUGCCGAAGAAGUCACGGUUCGAUUAAAUCGAGUUUAAGAUCAACUUUACCACUUCCACAUCCUGGGUUGGAUCAUUUACAAGAAAGUAAUGAAUAUCAAGAACCGUAUCAGGCUUUAAAAUUUGCACCUUAUUACAGUUAUAGUUCUGUUGUUAUGGAAAUGCAGGAUGUUCUUAUGAAUAGUAAUAAAAAAUACGAUGCGUAUGAUUAUGCAAUACCAGAAGCUGGUACUUUACCUUUAUUGGGAUCUGAAAAAGCAACUCUUCCAUUAACUAGAAGUCGAGGAGGAAGUAUAACAUCGAAAAAUUCAAGAUUUUCAACGCAAAGAAAUAGUCAUGUUUCGAAUGGAGCACAACAAGAAGCUUUGGCAGCAUUAAAGAAACGAUUAGAAGAAUCAACGUUACCAGAAUUUCCAAGACACAGAUUGCGAAUGUUAUCAAAAUUAUCAGAAGGCGCAUUCGGCACUGUUUACAUCGCCGAAGCGGAUGGUAUCGCUGAAUACUCAUCAACUUUAACUUUAGGUACUCGUCUCGUUGCAAUAAAAUUUUUAGGUGAAACCGCCACUGAUAAAGAACGUAAAGAUUUUCAUCGCGAUGUUCGAAUCUUAGCAGCUUUAGAGGAUUCGAAUAUGGCAAGAGUUUUAGGAAUUUGUACAAACGAUGAACCACUUUGUGUCGUUAUGGAGUACACGGAGCACGGCGAUUUGUGUCAAUUUUUAAAGACUCACGUCGCCGAAACUAAUAAUACAUUACCGUUUGGUGUAAAAACACUUAGUUUUAAUUGUUUAUUAUACAUGGGAUCGCAAAUUGCUUCCGGAAUGCGAUAUUUGGAAUCGUUAAAUUUCGUACAUCGUGAUUUAGCGACGCGAAAUUGUUUGGUUGGUAAAGCUUAUCAAAUAAAAAUUUGCGAUUUUGGGACAUAUAAUGAACUUUACGUUAAUGAUUAUUAUAAAGUUGACGGAAACACACCACUUCCAAUAAGAUGGAUGGCUUGGGAAAGUGUUUAUCAAGCUAAAUAUACAACUAAAAGUGAUGUUUGGGCUUUUGCGGUAACAUUAUGGGAAAUUUUAACAUUUUGUCGAAGACAACCUUAUGAUGGUUUAAACGAUCCUUUGGUUAUGGAAAAUUUAGCACAUAUGCACUGUGAUGACGGCCAAUACAUGUAUUUACCAAGGCCGGUUAAUCAUAAAGAUAUAAACGAUUUAAUGUUGGAAUGUUGGCGACGAAAAGACAUUGAAAGACCCAGUUUUACCGAAAUACAUUUGUUUUUGCAAAGAAAAAAUUUAGGGUACGCUCCAACGUAGAUGUAAGAACAUUUUUUAAAAAAUAAAUUUUGUGGGAUCAAGAUUAAGAUUUUUAGAUGAGAAAGAUUUUUUUUAAAGUAUGAUUAUUGUUGAUGUUAAAAAAAACAGGGAAUGAAUUAUUUUAUUUUAUAAUUAUAUAUAUUUCUUUUAUUAAAUUGCAAUAAUUUUUUUAGUUUCAACUGAAAAAGUGAAGCUUAAACACGCAAUAAUUAAUAAAUUGUAAAUAAAAGAACCCUUUUUCUAUAAAAAAAAACUGUAUUAUUAUUAAAGUUUAAUGAUAAAAGUCACGAAUAGUUAUUUUUAAAUUUAUUUUAAAGAAGAUUAAUGUAUAUAGAAUACAGGGUGAUAACGUGUAUUAUUACCAUUGAGGUUAUAUUUUAAAUAUAUGAAGUAACAACCAUU